CCGAUGCAAUAUAUAUAUAUAUAUACACAAACACAAAAACAAAACACAUACGAGGUUACGUUCUCCCUGAGUCACGACCUGUGUCACCUUUUGAGUUCCAGUAUAGAGAGAGAAGCUAGAGAGAGAGAAACCGAAACACAGAACAAACGCGGUCUCACACCUCCCUCAUUUCAAAUAUCAAAUUCUACACACACAUAUACAUAUAUAUAUCUCUGUAUAGAAUGCUGGGUUCAGUUCAACUUUCUCUCCCCUUGCAUGCAAAUCCACGGUGAGAUCUCACCGGCGGCGACUCCCCUACCCUCCGGCGACCGUUUUACGAAAUGGGUUCAGGCCCAAUUUUGCCGAGCACAAGCGGCGGCGGCUGCGGCGGGUGGCACACGAGCCUCAAGUGCUGGUGGCGAUACGACCAUUAUUGCGUCCUCUCUUCGACCUUGGCCUUCUUUCUCACGUCGUUAGUGUUGUUGGGUUCGAUUGGGACCCUCUAUGCUUGGCUAAUGUUCACCCCAGAUGUCCACAAUACUCUCUCUUCGUUCGGCUGUCAACCGGACAAUGAGGGUUCAUGGUCGAUCGGUGUUUUCUACGGUGACUCGCCCUUUUCCCUCAAACCCAUUGAAAAAGUGAAUAUAUGGAGAGAUAAGAGUUCUGCUUGGCCUGUGGCCAACCCUGUUUUCACAUGUGAGUCAGUCUCUGAUGCUGGUUUCCCUAGUAAUUUUGUUGCUGACCCUUUUCUUUAUGUUCAGGGUGAUGUCCUUUACCUAUUUUACGAAACAAAGAAUUCCAUCACCAUGCAAGGAGAUAUUGGAGUUGCAAGAAGUACUGAUAAGGGAGCAACAUGGCAACAGUUGGGUAUUGCAUUGGAUGAAGACUGGCAUCUCUCUUACCCAUAUGUCUUCGACUACAAUGGCCAAAUAUACAUGAUGCCCGAGGGCAGUGCAAAGGGGGAUCUACGUCUUUAUCGUGCAGAAAAAUUUCCUUUGCAAUGGAAACUGGACAAGAUCAUCAUGAAAAAGCCCCUUGUUGAUUCGUUCAUUGUUAAUCAUGAUGGAAGAUACUGGCUGUUUGGUUCGGAUCAUAGUGGUAUUGGCACAAAAAAGAAUGGACAGCUUGAGAUAUGGUACAGUAACUCACCACUUGGUCCGUGGAAAUCACAUAAGAAGAAUCCAAUCUAUAACACAGACAAGAGCAUGGGGGCUCGGAAUGGAGGCAGACCAUUUAAACACAAUGGAAACUUAUACCGCACGGGUCAAGACUCUGGCGAGACAUAUGGGCGGCGAGUACGUGUCUUCAAAGUGGAGGUUCUUACCACUAAUGAAUUCAAAGAAGUUGAAGUUCCCUUGGGAUUAGAAGAGCCUAACAAGGGUCCGAAUGCUUGGAAUGGCGCCCGCUACCAUCACCUUGAUGUGCAACAGCUAAGCUCUGGAGAAUGGAUUGCAGUUAUGGACGGAGACAGGGUUCCGUCUGGAGACAUAGUUCGCCGGUUUAUUCUUGGCUGUGCUUCAAUUUUAGCUGUUGCUGCACUUGUCACACUAGUAGGAAUGCUUCUUGGACCUGUGAGGUGCAUCGUACCCCUGAGCUGGUGCCCUCACAACAUGGGAAAGAGAAGUGAUGCUUUCUUGGCUUGGGAGAGGUCAAACUCAUCUUCCAGAGUCAGACAGUUCUGCAGUCGCUUGAACAGAGUGAGUUUGCUUCUCCGUGGCAGGAUAAAACCAAACACCUGUGCCGGGAAGUCGGCUCUCACACUCAUAUUUAUUGUUGGGGUGGCACUGAUGUGCACUGGGGUUAGAUAUAUUUUUGGAGGCAACGGUGGACAAGAACCUUACCGAUUGAAUGGUCACUACUCCCAGUUCACAAUGUUAACAAUGACCUAUGAUGCUCGGCUGUGGAAUUUGAAAAUGUAUGUGAAGCAUUACUCGAGGUGUUCUUCAGUGCGUGAGAUUGUUGUGGUAUGGAACAAAGGAGAACCUCCUAAAUUAAGUGACUUGGACUCCACAGUGCCAAUAAGGAUCAGAGUAGAGGAAAAGAACUCCCUUAACAAUCGCUUCAAGAUGGAUGAUUUGAUAGAGACCCGAGCUGUUCUUGAGCUGGAUGAUGAUAUUAUGAUGACUUGUGAUGAUAUUGAACGAGGAUUUAGGGUCUGGAGGGAGCACCCUGAUCGUAUUGUGGGAUUCUACCCCCGACUCAUUGAUGGUAGCCCGUUGAAAUAUAGAGGGGAGAAACAUGCCCGCUGCCAUAAAGGGUAUAAUAUGAUUCUCACCGGAGCAGCUUUUAUCGACAGCAAGAUGGCAUUCGAGAGGUAUUGGAGUGAAAAGGCUAAGGUGGGGAGGGAAGUGGUGGACAGGGACUUUAACUGUGAGGAUGUGCUGUUGAACUAUUUGUAUGCAAAUGCAAGCUCUUCUGAGACAGUUGAAUAUGUGAAACCAGCAUGGGCAAUCGACACAUCAAAGUUUUCUGGUGUAGCGAUUAGUCGGAACACAGAUGUACAUUACCAGAUCAGAAGUAAUUGCCUCAUGAAAUUUUCUGAGAUAUAUGGAAGUUUGGCAGACCGGAAAUCAGAAUUCAACGGUCGGAGAGAUGGUUGGGAUGUAUAGUGGAAAGCAAAGAAGUCUUAGAGCGGGUCACUCUUAAAUGUUCUUGAUUCUCUUCUCUUAGUAAAAUUUUUUGGCAAUACUCUGUAAAUUUUUACUUUUCUUUUCUCCUGCUGCCAAAUUUGCUUUGGGGGACUUUUUGGUGUCAAUAGCUUUGGUCAGUGAACUGUGUAUUGGUUUGGCUGAAAUUGAAAAUUGUGCUUUUCACCCUUUGUAGUUUGAAAUAUUGGAACAGAAACAAGAUUAGAGAAACCACAUUAUGGAGGGAUUUUUUUUUUUUUUUUUUCGAAUAAAAUGCAUCCACUUGUUAGUC